UUCGACUCAAGAGCCCUAUUUCAGAUUUAAGGUUUUCGUUACUCCAAUCAGAAAGCUCUUGCCUCUAACACUCAUCUCUCUCACUGCCUCACCCGCCGUUCGACGUCCUAUUGUCGGCCGUCGCCUCUCACGUUCUGAGCUUCCAUCUCUCUCACGAAAUGGAAGUUGUGGUUGAAGCGGAUCAGGAACUUACCCAGCCUCACCAUGAUGUGAAGCUUUUCAAUCGUUGGACCUUUGAUGAUGUCCAGGUUAAUGACAUCUCUCUGGUGGAUUACGUUGGAGUUGCACCUGCCAAGCAUGCAACUUAUGUUCCACACACGGCUGGUCGAUACUCUGUGAAGCGUUUCAGGAAAGCCCAAUGCCCAAUUGUGGAGAGACUUACAAACUCACUUAUGAUGCACGGUAGAAACAAUGGGAAGAAACUAAUGGCAGUGAGGAUUAUCAAGCAUGCAAUGGAGAUUAUUCAUCUACUAACUGAUCUUAAUCCAAUUCAAGUUAUCGUUGAUGCUGUUGUUAACAGUGGACCCCGUGAAGACGCAACCAGAAUUGGUUCAGCUGGUGUUGUUAGGCGUCAAGCUGUGGAUAUUUCCCCAUUGCGACGUGUAAAUCAGGCAAUAUACCUUCUUACAACUGGUGCUCGUGAGGCUGCUUUCAGAAACAUCAAAACAAUCGCAGAAUGUUUAGCUGACGAACUCAUCAAUGCUGCAAAGGGCUCAUCGAACAGUUAUGCCAUCAAGAAAAAGGAUGAGAUUGAGAGAGUUGCAAAGGCCAAUCGUUAAGGAUAGUUGGGAAAAAGAGAGAAUAGGGAGCUCCCAGUACAACAGGAGUUGAUUUUUGUUGUUCUUUCCCAAGUUUUUACGAACAUGGUUGUUGUCGAUGUUUGGUUUUGUCAUUUUAGUUGUGAGAAUUCAUCCAACGCUUGAUUAAGGAUUAAGAGUUUUGAUAUGGAUAUUACUUUAUAUUUACUAUUGAGUAAAUUGCAAAAAUGUAACCUUGCAUUUGUAGA